UAUUUCGUCAUUACGUUUCUAUUGAGGGAACGUACCCCCCUGUCGCCUGCGUCUGGCUUCCGCCUGCUAUUGCUGCGUUAGUCGUGGUGGGGGAAGGGGAGAGAGAGCGAGAUUGGGUUCGGUACUGGGAAUCAUGGAGCCGGACUCAGUGAUAGAGGAUAAAACAAUUGAGCUCAUGUGUUCUGUGCCAAGGUCUUUGUGGCUAGGCUGCUCCAACCUGGUAGAGAGCAUGUGCGCACUGAGAUGCCUGCAGAGCAUGCCCAGUGUCAGAUGUCUCCAGAACACUUCAGUAAUGGAUGAUCAAAAUGAAGAUGAAUCUCCAAAGAAAAAUACUUUAUGGCAGAUAAGUAAUGGAACUUCAUCAGUGAUUGUACCCAGAAAACGCACUUCUGAUGGAAAUUAUGAGAAAGAAAAAGACUUGUGUAUAAAAAUUUUUGAUCAAUGGUCUGAAUCAGAUCAAGUUGAGUUUGUUGAGCACCUUAUAUCUCGGAUGUGUCACUACCAGCAUGGUCAUAUUAACUCCUAUUUGAAGCCCAUGCUGCAGCGGGAUUUCAUUACUGCACUACCAGAGCAGGGCUUAGAACAUAUUGCAGAAAACAUUCUCUCCUACCUAGAUGCAAAGUCGCUUUGUGCUGCAGAACUUGUGUGUAAAGAAUGGCAGAGGGUGAUUUCAGAAGGAAUGCUAUGGAAAAAACUUAUAGAAAGAAUGGUGCGCACAGAUCCACUUUGGAAGGGCCUCUCGGAAAGAAGGGGGUGGGAUCAGUAUUUAUUUAAAAACAGACCGACUGAUGGCCCGCCAAAUUCAUUUUAUCGUUCCUUAUAUCCCAAAAUAAUUGAAGACAUUGAGACAAUAGAAGCAAACUGGAGGUGUGGCAGGCAUAAUCUGCAGAGAAUACAGUGUCGUUCUGAAAACAGUAAAGGAGUGUAUUGUCUACAGUAUGAUGAUGAGAAGAUUAUUAGUGGCCUUCGAGAUAAUUCUAUUAAGAUAUGGGAUAAAACCACAUUGGAAUGUCUAAAAAUUCUAACAGGCCACACUGGAUCAGUCCUCUGUUUACAGUAUGAUGAGCGAGUCAUAGUUACGGGCUCUUCAGACUCCACUGUAAGAGUUUGGGAUGUGAACAGCGGGGAAGUACUCAAUACUCUGAUUCAUCAUAAUGAAGCAGUACUUCAUCUUCGAUUUUGCAAUGGCUUAAUGGUAACCUGUUCAAAAGACCGGUCAAUUGCUGUAUGGGAUAUGGCUUCUCCUACGGAUAUUACACUACGGCGAGUCUUGGUUGGUCAUCGCGCAGCUGUAAAUGUAGUGGACUUUGAUGACAAAUACAUUGUUUCUGCUUCUGGUGAUAGAACAAUUAAGGUGUGGAGCACAAGUACGUGUGAGUUUGUUCGUACACUAAAUGGGCACAAACGUGGCAUUGCUUGUCUACAAUAUCGAGAUCGUUUAGUUGUAAGUGGAUCCUCGGACAAUACCAUCAGAUUAUGGGAUAUAGAAUGUGGAGCAUGUUUACGGGUUUUAGAAGGACAUGAAGAGUUGGUCCGAUGUAUUCGAUUUGAUAACAAGAGAAUAGUCAGUGGAGCGUAUGAUGGGAAAAUAAAGGUUUGGGAUCUGCAAGCUGCUUUGGAUCCCAGGGCUCCAGCAAGUACCUUAUGUUUGCGUACUUUAGUGGAACAUUCAGGGCGCGUGUUUCGUCUUCAGUUUGAUGAAUUUCAAAUCAUUAGCAGCUCCCAUGAUGAUACUAUUUUGAUCUGGGAUUUUUUAAAUGUGCCGUCAAAUGCUACAAAUGAAACCCGUUCUCCAUCUCGGACAUAUACAUACAUCUCCAGAUAGCAUAAUGCACGUUUCUAUCCUUACCAGGGACUAGCUGUUCUGAACUACUGUACUGGAUAUGUGGAUGUGGCUAGAAGCUCAUGUACAAGCAAUUAUCGGAAAAAAUGGUGCCGCACUGAAGAAAAGAUGAAUCUUUAGCCAUCCUUUAAACAAAUCUUAUCCUGCGUACUUCCGGCUACUAGAAUUUACCACACCCUAAUGAACAACUUGAUGAAAUUAUGUUCUUAAAACUGCAUUGGAAAACCCAGAGGUGAACCUGUACAUUUUAAGAAGUGAGCAAUUGCUGAAAGAAGUUUUGAAAUGAUGCAACUGCAUUUGUUUUGCACUUGGUGACUUUCAUGAAGAAUGUUUUCAAAUCGUGCAGGUGCCAAACAUAUCCAAAAUGUACCAUGUGUUUUUUUUCCUAAACCCUUAAACACAGCAUAUUUUGUUUAGCAUGUAUAUGGUAACUAAUUAAAAUAUAUGCCAAUUAAUGCUAUUUUUGGAAUACUUUUAGUGUUGUACACAUAUACCAUUGUGUUAAUUGGUUGACAGCGAUUGUUUUUGUAGCAGCUGUGUAUUUUUUAAGAGUCCUGGUUAGUGUUUGUCUUAAUAGUAAACAAUAUAAAAAAGUGCAUAAUUAUUAUGCGCCAAACCCUCUAGUUUGUCCCACUGUGAGAUUGUUACAAAAAAUUGGAAAUAAGCUGUAAACUGAAAAUACCCUGAAAGUGGAUCUGUCACUGAAAAAUUAGAGCCAAUCAUUCUUUAUUUAUGGUCUGUUACAGAAGUGUGUAUUUCAUGAUUACUUUUUUUAUGAUAGCUGUCGCCUUCUGAAAAGUUGCACCUUUCAAAUUAUGUGGUCUCUGCAGUAAUCAAGCGUAGAUGGCCUUUGUAUUUAAAUACACUGUGUAACAUUUUGAUAUAUAUUAAGGCUGAUUUAUAAGAACUGAUAUAAUGGAAAGUAGUGGUGGCGGCAUAGUGAAGUCUGAGUUUUGCUUUGUUUCUGCAAUGAAUAAUAGAAACAAGAAACCAAGAGCCCUAGCUUUUUUAAAUUAAAUGAGUUUCCAGAGUGCAACAGUGAAUGUUGUAAACCUGACUGAAACAAGUUUCUGUAGAAGCUAUAACCUGUGUCUUAUAUGGACUGAUUCAAGAAUAUGUUUAUGCACCACAGAAAGUUCUGUUUCAUCUACAAAUUGCAUUGGAAUAAUAUAUUCUGUUAAUCCUGUGUUAUUUAUAUGUGAAUCACAUGCAAUAUUUUUAGCCUAUAUUACUCACUAUUUAUAGUCCUGAAAGAAAAUGUGAUGCAACUAUUAAAAUAGUUUGAGAAUACAAGAGUUAGAAUUAUGUUUCCUUUUUGUGAAACCAGAACAUACAAAAAUCCCAGUAUGGGAUAGAGUAUUAAUAAAUAGAGAAAACAUAAUUUUGGAAUUCUUGUUCUGUUGAUGGGGUGGUAGUUGCACUUUAAAGUGGAUAAUAUUGACAGUAUUCCAGUACAUGUAAGCCUUUUAACAAAAAGUGUUUAGUUUAUGUUCCUAAUUUGUGCCAAAGUUAUUUACAACCGAUCAUUUUAUGUAAUUGUGUUUUAAAUUAACUUUUGAGGUUCAAGCAAGUUCAUUUUGAUAACUUUGAGCAUGCUGAUUUUCAGCAAUUUUUGAAUUAAAACUGUCUAUUUCCUGGUAA